AUGGCAGAUAGAAAUCCUAUCGAGGACCAUCACUGGUACUCUGUGUUCUCGAAAGGAUACAAAACUAAAGUUAUCACAUAUUCCAUACAGCGUGCGUUUCAGGAAAGUCUCGGGGUCGAAGAAGAUUACACCGAUCCAAAAUGGCCACCAUAUUCUGCACCUCCUAUCAUUCGAACCUUCAGUUUUUCAAAUUUCUUCCGACUCUAUGAUUUACCGUUUAAAAGAGCCGCACCCUUACUCUUCCAGCAAUUAAGAUCAGACAAAUGGAGUAUUAACGACAAAUACUACCAUAACCAAUUAAAACAAGAGCUUAGCCCCGUCGGAGGUCUUGGUUUCAGUGGUUCUCUUUUCUUCUUUACUGAAGAUCACUCAUACAUUGUUAAAUCCGUUAGUAGACGGUUUGAAUACACAUUCCUCUAUACAAAAUGCAUCGAGGCCUACGGACAGUACAUGAUUUCGAACCCGUCAAGUCUUCUAUGCCGGAUGACAGAUGUUUUAUUCUGCUUUGAUAGACAUCUAGGUGGCGUUUUAGGUGUUUCUCCAUCACAUUAUGUGGUUAUGGAGAAUUUGCUGAGAGAGAUGGAUGCGGAGAAAGGGUGGGUGAAGUGGGAUUUGAAACCCCAGCAGUUUUUUGAGCCGACAAGGGAUUUGAUUCCAGAUCAAAUUAAAACGGAGCAAGCAAAAUCAGGUCUUGCGGAUGCAAUGGAGGAAGAUCGCAUAAUCUUAACCAAAAAACAGCGAGACGAAUUAUGGGAGUUACUCAAGCGAGAUACUGAAUUCUUGGAGGAGAUCGAAACGAUCGAUUAUUCCCUUCUUCUCGGCAGAUUUCCUGUUUCGCAGAACAAAGACCUGACACCGUCAAAAUUCAAGCACGAGAACUGGAUUACUGGUGUUACGUCUGCUGAUGGGAAGUACAUCUAUCGUGCUUGUAUUGUGGACUUUUUGUGGAAUGUCAAUCAAUUGCAAGCGAAGAUCACAAGAACAGCUGGAAAAUUACUCCCUGAGCAGACAGUUACUACGGAGCCUGGGCGUUAUCGAAGAGAGUUUCUAUCAAUGAUGGAGGAAUAUAUUGUAGUUCCUGAAGAGACUGGUCCUAGUAGUAGUAGACUGACUGUCUAG